AUGCCGGUUGCUUCAAAUAUUGAAGGAGUAGAAAACAUUGAAGAUCACUGGGAUGUGGCCUAUGGCUAUGGGUGGAGGAGAAAGAGUAGGAAGAAGAGCCAAAUAGUCGAGGAAGAUCAAAGAAAUCAAGAGGAAGAUGGGGAUUGGGGUGUCCGUAGGAAAAGCCGAAGCCUAAGGAGAACCGAGUCCGAAGGAGGAGGACGGACAAUGAAGAGGUGGCUCGGGUGGGUGUGGUUGUUUCUAAUGGGUCGUAUUGGGUGGUGGGUAGGGGUUGGGUGGCCAUGGAUGAGUCGGUGA